AUGCUAGACAGAAAGGCUAGCACCUUGAAAGAAAUCGUCUCCUGGUCGUCAAAUACUUUUCUCCUGGGGUUACCUUAUGAGGCCAUCUUUCUUUUUGACUGUAUUUUGGCCAUCGUUCACUCUGAGCGGCGGGAGCAGGACGAUCGCUUCAUUGAACAAGACCAGACAUGUAACCCGAUCACAACCCGACUUCGACCUGUAGUACACGAGCAUUUCACGGUAGAAAGGUUCUGUUCUGGCUUCCACCUUCGUGCUGACAGUGUGUGGUCGAGGUUGCUGGGAUUGCAAGGACCUCACACAGGGGCUGGGCUAGGACUGAGUCACAAGGAGAACUGUCAUAGACUGCAGUACUUGGUGGAGAGACAGCAGCAACUUUGUGGCCUCAGUGAAAACAUUCUUGGGGCUAUUGGCAACGGUGCUAAGAUGAGCAUAGAGGAAUGCCAACACCAGUUCCAUAUGAGCAGAUGGAACUGUACGACAUUCAGCAACACCUCUUCUGUUUUCGGAGAAGUUGUCACGAUAAAAAGUCGAGAAACAGCGUUCGUGUACGCGAUCUCGUCAGCUGGUGUUGCGUACGCGGUGACCCGUGCUUGCUCCAGAGGUGAAUUAACAGAAUGUAGUUGCGACAAUCGUGUACGACUGAGAAAACCUCGUAAGAACUGGCAGUGGGGAAGCUGUUCUGAAGAUAUCCAUUUUGGAGAGAAGUUCAGUCGUGAAUUUGUGGACGCCCGAGAAAACCAUGAAACUGCCGAAGGCUUAAUGAACCUUCACAACAAUGAGGCGGGAAGGAGGAUAAUCCGAUCACAGAUGCAGCGAGUUUGCAAAUGCCACGGAAUGUCUGGCUCAUGCAGUGUGCGUGUUUGUUGGCGAAAGCUGCCCUCAUUCCGUCAAGUCGGGGACAUUCUCACGGCCAGGUUUGAAGGAGCCUCGUACGUAAAAAUGGUGGAGAAACGCCGGAAAAGAGUGAAAAAAUUACGAGCUGCCAUCAGAGAACUUAAACAACCUAACAGGACAGAGCUCGUAUACCUUGAGGAAUCACCGGAUUAUUGCGAGCGUAACGAGACGCUGGGAGUGCUGGGUACGAGGGGUCGGCUUUGUAACCGAGGCAGUCCGGGACUGGACGGAUGUCGUCUGCUGUGUUGCGGCCGAGGGUACCAGACGAGGGUGAAAGAGGUGGAAGAGAAGUGUCACUGUCGCUUCGUCUGGUGUUGCGACGUCAAGUGUGACUUGUGUCGGUACAAGAGAGAAGAACACAUCUGCAACUGAACGUCCUCCGAUGUUCAGAACACUUUUGCGAUCUGUCAUUGUGUUGUAUUUUCCGGUGUUCUACGCCAGAACACAUGUACAACUGAAUGUUGCCACAUUUUGUCCUUCAUCGAGAACACUUUUGCUACUGAAAUAUCUGUGUUUUAAUUUUAGGUCAAAUGGUCUUUUCACACACUCCUUUUGACUACAUUACAUUUUGGGAGGUAAGGGAACUCUUACCUUUUUUCAAGUAACCUAAAUAUCUACAUUUACCUAACCACCCUAUCCAAUAUCUAAAGUAGAUCGUUAGGUAAAUGUAGAUAUUUAGGUCACUUGAAAAACAGAGUACACUUGAAACGUAAUGUUAGUCACACUUAGCGUAGGAAAAGUCCAUUUUACCUUAAACUAUGUAUGUCUGCCACUGCUACGUCACACUUUCCAUGCUCCAUUCCAGAACACUUGUAACAAAACAUGAUUGCCAUGACACAUGCGUUCUCUACUCGAACGGCUGCAGAUGAUUGCCAUAGUGUUUCAAUGUUCUUCUCUCUGAA